AUACAAGCGUAUACUGCUACUGGCGAGCCUAAAAGAAACAAUUAUAAACCUUUACACUCAGUAUCUCCUUGAUUUCGGGACUGCAUGCAACCUCUGUUCGCUGGCGCUGAUAGCUGCUGAAUCUGUACGUCCAUUGCCUAGCACGUGCAUAAGCACGAUCGAGGGACUCGCAUAUCUCCUAAAAUGGAUACGACAUGCAUUUCGUUGAAAGUUUGUUGCACGGAUUAACGUAGGAGUGUUCUUUAACACCUAAAACACAAAACACAAAAAUAUGUAAUGAAUUAGUAUAAACUUAAGCUUUCACUUUCGAAGAGAAUUUCUCAGAUAGGGAGUUCUCAAGAUAGACAAUCAACGCACGUGCACUAAAAAUGUCGAGUUCCAGCACGUCCUAGGAUUGUUUAUUUUGCUUUAUCUGACACCAAUCGCUUGUGCAUUUCUCGCUGUGUUUCAAAAAUAAACAUUUUUGUCAUCUAGUGUGUAAUUGCUUGCGUAACUUGGCAACACCUUGUUACCAUAGCAACCAGGUGAUACAUAGGAAAUCGACAUUACAGAAAAGGAUUCUCCUCUGUCCCCCCUUGCUCGCGACUGUGGUUCAGCUUCCUGGCUUCUCCUUUUUGUGCUUGGGAAGGAUUCUGUUAUUUCGGACAUUUGACAUCGGAAAGGGACAAAUGAUAGACACCGUGGUAAUUCAUGAAAACUUCGAACACUAUUUGAAAAUAUAUAUAAUUAUUAAGUAUUACGAAAACUUACCCUGCACGUGAAACUCGUUCAUUUGUUGUCUAAUCACAGAGCGUGAAACAUUAUUUGAAGUUUACAACAAAAUAUGAUAACAAAAGUUAUUAUCGGAACAACCUUUCUGUAUUGACCCUACAAUGCACUAAUUACGGGCACUGCGCAUGCCUUAAGACUACAGGUAUCAUCUUCACGUAUCCAUGGGGUUACCUAAUGAGAAUUUCCAGAAUCUGUACCAGGAGGUGGAUUACAUCAUUUAACAAGUAGAAGAGGCUAUGGUGGAAGUUCUGGUAGUAGUUAUGGUACUGGAUACAGAAACUACACAUUCACCCUCCCAAGCAAUGGAUAUACAGGGCCAGCUCUAAGCAGCUACAGCAGUGGUCUAUCCACGUACGACGCAAUGUCACGAUAUGGCCGAACAUAUGACAGCAGCUAUACCCCACGCAGCUAUGAUUCAUCGGCAAGGUCAUAUGAUGUUGGGUCAAGGUCACACGACCUUGGAGCAUCCUCUAGAUAUGAUACAUCCUCGUCAACUGGGAGUUAUGGCAGCGACAUGAGUCAUCAGUAUGCUACUGACUAUAGUCUGGAAAGUGGGCGGGGCUACGACAGUGGGCGUGGCCUAGAUAGUGGGAGGAGUUAUGAUACAUCAGGCCUGUCCAGUUAUGACUCGCGCGGAUACAUUAGCCCACGGACAGGGAGUUCAGAUCUAGGGUACAGCUCAUCUUCUAGGUAUGGCCGGAGUGACUACACAGACAGAUCAACAGAUGUAACAUUGAGAGACAAACCAAAGGAAGAAGAUCUAGACUCUCACGGGGUUCGACGCAGAUAUCAUGGGUCAAAGUUCAAGGAUGACGAUGAACCUUUAGGUUAUAAACAUGGUGUCAACAAAGAUGAUGAUAUCGCACUGUACAAAGCCUCCUAUCGUAGAUACCGUGAUUCCUACGGUGAUGAGGACAAAUCUGAUUCCGAGAAAGGUUCUCUAGCUUCGUCCCGAAGGGAAUCAGAAGAACGAGAUCCUAUAGCGGAAAUAAAACGUAAAUACCAGCGUAAGAAACAAGACACUAUCAAUGAAAAUGAGGCAGCACUUUCGCUUUCCAAGACAGACACCGAUGAGAUUUCUAGAUGUGCAUUAUCGGACAGGUUAGGUCAGCAUUUGUCAUCUCCAAGGGGUGGUGUUCAAAGGUCACAAAGUGAAAGAGAAGCUAAAGCAGAUCAUCCAGUGAUGGAACAAACUGGUUCAGUCGAUGCUGAGGCAGAUACAAUGCCAGUGUGGAGGAAGCGACGUCUUGAACGUGAACAGAGACGUAGAGAGUUUCUCAAUAUGAGUGAAAACAAAUCAAAGGAAAGAGAAAGAUUAAAAUCAGAAGCGAAUGAAAACAAGGAAAAAGACAAUGUAUCUUCCAUACAAAGUGAAAGUAGGAUUGGUGAUAAAAGUGAAAGUAGGAUUAGUGAUAAAAGUGAAAGUAGAACAGAAACUGCAAGAGAUAGAUUACAGCGGUUAAAAGACGCAAAGUUACCUCCAAAAAGUUCUAGUGUAGAUUCCGUAGAGGAAGGCAAUUCACUGGAGGACGGUACAAGAGCAUUUAGUGCAGAGGCUAUGAAAAAAAUUCUUCUUCAAAGGGAUAGUCCCCUCUUACGGACAAAAUAUGCAGAAGCUAAACGGAAAAAAGAACUAGAAAAGGAGAGCAGUCGAGAAGAAACACCAAUUCCUAGUACAGAUGUCAAAGUUGAUAAAAGAGAAAGUGUAAUUUCACCAUUAUCGUUCAAGGCAGAUCGGUUAUGGGAUUCUGAUUCUCCUAGAACAAGGUUUGGAUCAGCUGAAAAUCAGGAUUUACAUCUUUCCUCUUUGGAAAGAAAAUAUUCAGGCAGAGAAUUGAAAGAUUCCCCUGCUGGUCAUGACAGAAUUUCUUCAAGGCUUGGUUCUGAUUCUGAUAGCAAGUCCCGUCUAGGGUCUGAUAGUAAACCCAUGACUCUGGAGCAAAGGAUUGCAGCCAGAAUUGGAUCGGAUUCUAGUCGAUUUUCUUCUAGAGUCGGGAGAGAUGAAGAAGUUUCUGAUUCAAAGACAAUUUCACCUUUGAAUAGGUCUCAGUCUGCUAGGGCUCCUGGAGGUCAUGACCUUGGAACUGAUAAGAUUUCGUCCCAGUCUGAUCCCAAACUGUCAACUUCACUUAGCAGGAGUUACUCUUCAAGAGAUGAGAAAGAUGGAUCUCGAUUGGGGAUGGUUUUAGAAAAGAAAUAUCCCUUAAGGGAGCCAUCUGACUCUAGUCUCAUUGCUAGGUCUUUGUCAGAUACUCGUUCAGGGUCCUCUUCUUCAUCUGUGGAUAUGAGACAUGCAUCCACUUCCUCUGUGAGGACUGCUUCAACCUCAUCUGACACAUCCUCUGUCUUUGUAGAUAAAUAUCCUUCUAAGCCAUCUGUGUCUUCUACUGACCAAAAGGCUUCAUUGGAAAGAAAAUGGUCUUCCAGAGAGGAAAAAGAGCAUGAAUCAACUAGAUUAGAUCCAAAGUCAUCUUUUACAUCCUCCCAACUAUCCGAUCAACAGAAGUCUAGUAGUGCUAUGUCUCGUAAAGAUUUGGAACAGAAGAAAAUGGAAGAUAAGGGGAAAGAAUCUAAUGACAUUCGCUCAAGAUAUAUGGAUACUUUAAAAACAUCAGAAAUUACUAGCAAGAGAGUAGAGAAAGCUCUAGAGCAGGAUAAAAGAUUAGAAAAGGAACAUGUUAUUGCAAAGAAAGAAUCUUCUUCGGAAAUUCAACGACCUGUGCCUGCAGAAAGGCAUUCAAAGAGGCUAUCAUCGUCCUCUACAUCUUCUGACAUCAGACAGGAACAAGUGAAAACUCCAAGUGUUUCUUCAACAGGUGUAUUGCCUGGGGAAGGAGAGAAACGUAAAAGUACUGAAAUCAAACGACAUAAAGGAUUGAAAGAGAGACUAGAGGAAAAAGACAAAAUUAGAAUGAAAAUGUUAGAAAGUGUAAAACAAAAACAAGAACAAAAAUCUAAGAUGGAGGAUAAACCUGCCGAUGUGGAUGUGAAAGUUACAGCUAAGGUGAUGUCAGUGGAUAUUUCAGCAUCCAAUUCUAAAUCUAAACAGGGCAUCAAUGUUGCUCAGAAAAGUGUUAGCACAAAUGUAUCGCAAAGUGGCAGAGACAUUAAGCCAUCACAGGAGACUGUUACUGUUCGGACUGAUAUCGCAUAUAAUCAGGAUGUAAACAACGGUACAAAACGACAAGACAGAAGGAGUUCAGAUAAUCUUCAAACUAAAUCCACACCCAAACUUGAUCCAAAAGCAACAUCAAAGGUUGCCACAAAUGUAACAACAAAAAUAGACUCAAAAACUACACCAGCAUCAAAACUUGAUACCAAAACAACACCAGCAUCAAAACUUGAUACAAAAACUACACCAGCAUCAAAACUUGAUACAAAAACUACACUAGCAUCAAAACUUGAUACCAAAACAACACCAGCAUCAAAACUUGAUACCAAAACAACACCAGCAUCAAAACUUGAUACAAAAACUACACCAGCAUCAAAACUUGAUACAAAAACAACACCGGCAUCAAAACUUGAUACAAAAACUACACCAGCAUCAAAACUUGAUACAAAAACUACACCAGCAUCAAAACUUGACACCAAAACAACACCAGCAUCCAAACUUUACACAAAAUCAACAGCAGCAUCAAAACUUGACACAAAAACUACACCAGCAUCAAAACUUGACACAAAAUCAACAUCAAAAGUAGAUAUGAAAGCACAACAGGACAUUGACCCAACAUCAAAGAGUGACACAAAGGAAGAUGAAGGUCUGAAAAGUCUAGAAGAAGCACGUUGUGUUAAACCAAGUGACUUGAAAUCUAGAAAAAUUAAACAUUAUGUUCGGUCAAAGUCCAAUCAUGUGCAAGAAGAUGUGAAAAAUGAGAAACCAGAAAAUGAGGAAGAGAAGACAAAAGAGACUAGUGAGUCUUCUAUAAGGACACAACGGCCGUACGGCCAAGUCAAAGCCAAGACCACAGAUGUUGCGAGUCUACUUUCUAAAGGUGAAGAGGAGGAUUCAGCUUCCUCAAAUGGCAUCUCACAAGAAGGUGAAAAUCAGUCAAAUAUGGAGUUAAGUCGUAUGGAACGAAUUGCUCUGUACAAAGAUGAACGUCGUCGUCAGCUUGCUUUUAUUGCUGCUAAAUUCGGUGACAGUGACAAAGAAAGUGAAGAUGUCAAAAUGUCUGAAAUUGCUCCUUCGCUAUUUACCACUGCUGCCAGUCGAGCUAAUGGAAGCAAUGAGGAUAUUUCUACACUGGCAAGGUCACGAAGUUUACGGGAGAAUUCUCCUCAGAAAUCUGUCACGUCUAUAAUAUCACGUUCAAGUAGUCUGAGAGAUAGUUCACCGAGGUUGACAGCAAGCCCUGAAAGAGAUACACAAGGCGGGAAUGUGAACCUUGCCAGUAAAUUUUCCAAAUUUCGAGAACGUUUCAAUGAGGGUAACAUUCCUACAACAACUGAGGAAGAUGUACAAAGAAAGGAUGGGUAUCCUGAAAAGGAGUUGUCUUCCCUUGAAAUUAGACGACAACGUCUUCUUUACGGAGAGUCACAGUUCGACAGUGGGAAACUUUUGAGUAUAAAACCAGAAGAAAAAUUGGAAAGACAAGACAGUACAGAAGAUGAUAAGCCACAGAAAAAGAGAAGACAACUGCCUAAUAUCCCAGCUGCUUUGGGAGGUACGCCUGAACCGCAGCUGUUUGAUAAGGAUGGCGAGGAAGAUGUAGACUCCCAAAGUCAAUCUUCUUCCUCUUCAGGGCCCUCACCACCCACUGUGAAAAAUGUACCAUUUGAUGCAUCUAAAACAAAAUCUGAAACUGUGGCUAUAAAACCAACAGCGUCCCAAAAAACUGAAACAGUGGCUUCAAAACAAAAACUGACUUCUGAAGGAGGAUGAUAAAGAAAUAGGGGAGACU